AUGAUCUCCGCGCUCGAUAGAAAGCUGCUACGCGACCUGCGCGGGAUGCUCGGGCAGGCGAUCAUGAUUGCGCUGGUGGUGUCGGCGGGGAUCGCCACCUGGAUCGAGUCUCGCACUCUGCUGGCGUCGCUCGAGACCACGCGUGACCGGUUCUAUGAGCGUCACAAUUUCGCGGAUGUCUUUGGCAAAGCGAAGCGAGCGCCGAACUCAUUGAGGACGCGCCUCGCCGACCUGCCGGGCGUCACGUGGGUCGAAACCCGCCUUGUUGAGGGGGUCAACCUCGAUGUGCCGGGGCUCGACGAACCCGCUGUCGGAACGUUGAUCUCGCUACCCGAGGGACGCGAGCCUUCACUGAAUCGCAUCUAUUUGCGCCGCGGCCGGUUGCUCGCUCCGGGGCGUGACGACGAGGUGCUCGCCAGCGAGAAAUUUGUCGACGCCAACAACCUCCGUGUCGGCGACUCGGUCACGGCGAUCCUCAACGGCCGCAAGAAGACGCUCCGCAUCGUCGGCGUGGUGCUGUCGCCCGAGUACGUCUUCAUGGUCAUCUUCCAAGUCGAUAAUCUGCUGGCGCCCUACGGCGGCGUCGGGGCGUACGGCCGCAAGGACCAACUCUCUCACCUCUUGCUCACCAGCGACAUCGACGGUCUCAAGGUCCACGGCACCGUGGCGCCGACCAUCUUCCUGUCGGUCGCCGCGUUCCUCCUCAACGUCGCGUUCGGCUACUCGAACGUGCAGAUCGGUUGGCACUUCUUGAAGCUGGUGCUGAUGAUCAUCCUGCUCGGCGCCGCGAUCGGCAUCCCCGGCGGCGCGUACCUUGCGCGGGUGUUCACGCAGAUGAUCGCGCAGGUGUACCAGUACCCCGAGCUGAUCAUCGUCAUCAAGCCGUCGGUGAUCGCCACGGCUAUCACCGCGGCCGGCGGCGCG